CCUAUUUAAAGAGGAAAGAAGCCGCGGCGCCGGCCCCAGGACCCGACCCGGGCCCCAGAAGAGUCUGCUCGUUCUGUUCACGGAGCCGGCCGCGUUAGCGACGCCCUCGAGUCCGCGGCGGACACGAUGCAGCUCGUGGUGAGGGUGCCCUCUCUUCUGGAGCGGGGCGAGCUGGACUGCAACAUCUGCUACCGUCCUUUCAACCUCGGGGGCCGCGCGCCCCGCCGCCUGCCCGGAACGGCGCGCGCCCGCUGCGGCCACACGCUCUGCACCGCCUGCCUCCGCGAGCUGGCGGCGCGCGGGGACGGCGGCGGGGCGACCGCACGCGUGGUGCGCCUGCGCCGCGUGGUCACGUGCCCCUUCUGCCGCGCGCCCUCGCAGCUCCCGCGCGGCGGCGUCACGGAGAUGGCUUUUGACUCCGACUUGUGGUCGCGAUUGGAGGAAAAAGCGCGGGCCAAGUGCGAACGAGAUGAGGCUGGGAACCCGGCCAAGGAAAGAAGCGACGCUGACGGAGAGGCGGAGGAGGAAGGGGAGAACGAGAAGGGGGCGGGGCCUAGGAGCGCUGGGUGGCGCGCGCUCCGGCGGCUCUGGGACAGGGUCCUGGCGCCUGCGCGGCGCUGGCGGCGUCCGCUGCCUAGCAACGUGCUCUACUGUCCGGAGAUCAAGGACAUUGCCCACCUGACCCGUUGCACGUUGUAACCGAGGAACUCGGAAGCUACAGCCGAAGGAAGGUGGGAGCUGCAGCCUCGCGGGGGCUGGUGUCAAGACUACUCUCUCUCAGAUCCCAGGAUUGGCAUGUGAUGAGAGAGAUGAGCCAAAGGCAGGAGGGAACGCCCUGGGAGGUGUUGAUGCUGAGUUGGGGAGGCUCCUAGACGAACUCGCCCCCAUCUACUGACUGUGCCAGUCUUACAUUUUCAGGAUGGAGUGGCCAAGGGAUGAUAUAAACAAAGCCUACGUUACCGUGGGAAGAAGACAGACUGUUUUCUUAGCUGGGACUUUGGCUUUUGUCCAGGGUGGCUCUGGUGUGUGGGAGCAACAGGUCCCAUUUUAGCAAUUCUUUGUCAAUGGUUUGAAUUUUUUUUUUUUUUUUUAAGAUGGAACGGGAGAGAAGAGGCUAAUUUUCGCGUCAUGUUAAUCUCACUUCUCUGGCAUGUAAGGGUGCUGGUAUGCCUGCUGUCUCCCCACUCCCAGUUCUGUGUUCCAAAAAUUGAGAUGGCUCCCUGCCUGUGACUAUGAUUAGGAGCCUUGCUUCAUUUCAGAAUCUCCCUUCAACCUGCUAGGGCAGGUAUCAGAAAUUCCAAAGGGCAUUUAUGUGAGGCACCUAAUUAGUGCCUAUCAAAGUAGGAAGGGAGAGCCAUUUGAAAGGCAUCAUAUUUCAAACUUUUGCUAUUAUCUGUGUUAUCUUUACAGUCACAGGGGAACACACUGGCGCUACUGAAAAGACACUUAUACAAUUUUAAGUGUCUUUAAAAUUUGUGUCCCAUGAUGGAACAUCACCUAUUGUAUAUAUGCCAUGUAUUCUAUUUUAGAAUCCUGUAAGUAUCUUAUGACCACAUAGUCAUAGUCAAGGACUAGCAGUGUUGGUAUACUGUCAACAGAAGUGCACAGUCUCACUCCAGGAUCCCACUCCAGACUUCCUGAAUCAGACUUUGGCAAGGUUGUUUUUUUGUUUUUGUUUUGAGACAGUCUCACUCUGUCGCCCAGGCUGGAGUGCAGUGGCGUGAUCUCGGCUUACUGCAGCCUCCGCCUCCCAGGUUCAAGCGAUUCUCCUGCCUCACCUUCCGGAGUAGCUGGGAUUACAGGCGCCUGCCACCACACCUGGCUAAUUUUUGUAUUUUUAGUAGAGAUGGGGUUUCGCCAUGUUGGUCAGGCUGGUCUCAAACUCCUGACCUCAGGUGAUACGCCCACCUGGGCCUCCCAAAGUGCUGGGAUUAUAGGAGUGAGCCACCGUGCUGGGCCAGACUCUGGCAUUUUAACAAUCCCAGGUGAUUUGUGUGCAUGUGAAAAUUUAAGUACCAUUGGUCUAGAUCCUACACUUUUUAGUUUUGAGAUGGAGUCUUGCUCUGUCACCCAGACUGGAGUGCAGUGGCGUGAUCUCGGCUCACUGCAAGCUCUGCCUCCUGGGUUCACGCCAUUCUCCUGCCUCAGCCUCCCAAGUAGCUGGGACUACAGGCACCCGCCACCACGCCCGGCUAAUUUUUUUGUAUUUUUAGUAGAGACAGGGUUUCACCAUUUAGCCAGGAUGAUCUUGAUGUACUGACCUCGUGAUCCACCCACCUCGGCCUCCCAAAGUGCUGGGAUUACAGGCAUGAGCCACUGCACCCGGCCCCAGAGUUCUAAAGUAACAUCUUAUAGCUAAAGAAAUCCUAACCUACUAUGUUACAUUUUUCUCUUAGUUAAAAAUGUGAACUUAUUAAGUAUUAACCUCAAUUUUUUAGAGGUCUCCAAUCUUUUUAAAAUAUAUUUUUGAUUGACAAAUCAUAAUUAUACACUUAUGGGGUAUAAACCUCAAUUUUUGUAACCCUAUUUUGGCAUUUUCCUGUCCUUACAUCUCAGCUUAAAUGCUCCCUCUUUUGGGAGGCCUUUUUCUGCCUUCAACGUAGUAGAGCCUUUUCCUCCACCCCUCUGUAACAUAAUGCCCUGUUUUAUUUUUACUGCUUUUAUUUUCAUGCUUUGUGGGUGUCCCCAAUGGAGUGUAAGCCCCAUGGGAGCAAGAGCUGACCUGUGACUGUUUUAUCUCCAGGGCCAACAGCAGUGUUACUGUAUAGUAUGUACUCAAUAAAUAUUUGUUGGCUUUA